GAAGCUCUCGGCGUCUCUGGCCUUGGCUGCGGCCAUGGGGGCCUCGGCCACCUUCAACAUUCCCGCCUUUGAGCAGUCCGCUAUCGACUCCGGCCUGGCUCUUGCUGGUCUGAACGGCAUCGCCCUGCUGCAGUCAGCCACCAGGUACGGCGGGUCGUGCAAUCUUGGGAACGUCAAGAUCCGCCGAGAAUGGAGGACGCUGUCCAAAGCCCAGCGGAAGAGUUACAUCAAGGCGGUGCAGUGCGUCCAAGCUAAGCCCAGCAGACUGGCCGAGGGUAUUGCCGCUGGGUCCAAGACGCUCUUCGAUGACUUUGUUUACGUACACAUGAAUGCGACCCUCUUCAUCCACUACACCGGCAACUUCCUCAUCUGGCACCGCAACUUCAUCCACGUGUACGAGAAGGAGCUUAACGCCUGUGGCUACAAAGAUGCCCUCCCCUAUUGGGAAUGGGGCUUCGAUGUCGAGGCGCCACACCUUUCACCUGUCUUUGACGGGUCUGAUACAUCGAUGAGUGGCGAUGGCGAGUUCGUCCCUGGCCCCCCACUUGAGCUCCUGGUUCCCGGCAACGCCGAGCCCGUGGUACUGGCGAAGGGUACUGGUGGCGGCUGUGUCAAGACGGGCCCGUUUGCCAACAUGACGGUCCGGUUGGGCCCAAUCACGCAGCCGGACCCGACCGCGGACAACCCGCGCUGCCUGAAGCGCGACCUGAACGCCGAUGCCGGCAAGCGCUUCUCUAGCUUCCGCAACACAACGAACCUCAUUAUCAACUCGCCCACGAUCGAGUAUUUCCGGACCACCAUGGAGGGCCACCCCAACUAUGUGCCCAACUCGCUGGGGGUGCACGGCGGCGGCCACUUCAUGAUCAGCGGCGACCCGGGCGCGGAUGCCUUCAUCUCGCCCGGCGACCCCGCGUUCUACCUUCAUCAUGCCCAAAUCGAUCGCGUCUACUGGAUCUGGCAGAUGCUGGAUUUUGAGAACCGCCAGGGCGUCUUCGGCACCAACACUAUGCUCAACUACCCUCCCAGCGAGAACACCACCGUCGAGGACACCGUCGAUGUGGGCCACCUCGGCGGCCCAAUCAAGAUCAAGAACCUCAUGAGCACUACCGGGCAAAAUGGCUCUCCUCUUUGCUACAUUUAUCUUUAGACAUAGAGAACAGUUAAAAGGAGUCAAGGGAAGAAUGGGUCUUCACGGUCGG